CGUCUAUUUACUCGAAGACACUGAACCGUGCCGGAGUCUUGAAUCGUCUCCGAGACCAUUAAAAACCCUAGGCUAAUAGUUUCUCUCCUCUCCCGCAGGCGUGUCGCCCAUUCUGCAUUUUUGCCUAGGAGACUCUUCGCCUGCCUUCUUUCUGAGGCUUGAUUCGUUUACAAUGGCUGCCGGCGAGCUUGCUUGCACCUAUGCUUCUUUGAUCCUCCAUGAUGAUGGCAUUCCCAUCACUGCAGAGAAGAUUUCGACAUUGGUGAAAUCAGCUAAUGUUUCAGUUGAAUCUUACUGGCCCAGUUUGUUUGCGAAGUUGUUGGAGAAGCGGAACGUUGAGGAUCUUAUCUUGAGUGUUGGAUCGGGUGGAGGUGGUGGACCUGUGGCAGUAUCUGCUCCUGUUGCUGGUGCUAAUGCAACAUCUCAGGCUGCUGCUCCUGCUGCUGAGGAAAAGAAGGAGGAACCAAAGGAAGAGAGCGAUGACGAUAUGGGAUUCAGCUUAUUUGAUUAGUUUCUCUCACGUAACUUAGAUUGUUCUGUUCUUGCUUUUUUGCUAAAUUGCACAAUUUUGACAGCGUCGCACCUUUAAGAAAUGAUUUUAAGCUGCUGAUUCUUUAAGAAAUUUAACUUGUUCAUUUUUUU